CAUCCUCCGUGAAUCACAGAAUAAUUUAUUGAAGCAAUGUUGAAGUGCCUUUUCGAUUCACUAUUCCAAAUAAAGAAUCUAAAGCAAAUACAGAGCAAAAUGUUCUCAACAGACAGCAAUGGAUGCCCGCUCCAUAUCUCUGGCAGGUUUAAUCGUUCUUCAAUUUGCCGACCAUCGUGUAUCAAAUUGCAUGUCUAGUUCUCACUAAUUCUGUAAGCAUCUCCUCAACUUGUCCAUCGCAUCUUCUCUUUUGCCCCCACAACAGAACACAACCUUAUAAAUUCACCACAGAUCCUUCUCACUUUCUCUAACCACCACGAUCGAGUUCCUUCAUUAAUAAAAUCCUACUCGGAUCAUGUCGGAUACGGUAGCAGCCAGGAUUAUCCGCUGCUGGUGUUCAUUAUUUGAGACGAAGCGUCACCGGAAUCAGGUAGUGAGUGAGACAGUCCACGGCGCACAGGCAGCGAAGGCUUCGAUCUGUGCGAGCUGCGUGGAGGCCGAGAGCAAGCUUUGUCCCUGCAAGUGCGGAGAAGACGAAUCCUUCAGGCUGCAGAGUGAGCAGCAUGGCAAGGCCACCAGCUCGUUCGCGCAUUCUGUCAUCAACAUGAUCGGCAUGCUUAUAGGGCUUGGCCAGCUAUCGACUCCCUACGCACUCGAGAACGGGGGAUGGAGCUCGGUGUUGUUGCUCAUCGGCCUCGGCGUCAUGUGCGCGUACACGGCGCACAUCAUCGGGAAGUGCCUCGACGAAGACGCCGGCUCCAAGACUUACCAAGACAUCGGCGAGCGGGCGUUCGGGUCCAAAGGAAGGAUCGUGGCCUCCACCUUCAUAUACCUCGAGAUCUUCUUCGCGCUGGUGUCCUACACCAUCUCCCUGAGCGACAACCUGCCGCUGGUUCUGGGUGGCGUCGUCCACGCGCGGUUGCCGUGGCUCCAUCUGUCGACGGAGCAGAUGCUGACGGUGAUGGCGGUGCUGGUGGCGCUGCCCACGCUGUGGCUGCGGGAUCUGUCCUCCAUAUCGUUCCUCUCCUUCGGGGGGAUCCUCAUGUCGCUGCUUAUCUUUGCGACGGUUGCCUGGGUGGCGGUUUUCGGCGGGGUGCAGGGCAGCCAUGAGAUUCCGGCACUGAGGGCGGAGAGGAUUCCGGGGAUCUCGGGGUUGUAUGUGUUCAGCUUCGCCGGGCACAUUGUCUUCCCAAAUAUCUACACCGCCAUGAAGGACCCGUCCAAGUUCACCAAGGUGUCCGUGACUAGUUUCGCCAUCGUGUCGACGCUCUACACGGCGCUAGCGUUCAUGGGGGCGUGGCUGUUCGGGCCGGCUGUGAGCUCCCAAAUCACGCUGAGCCUGCCGCCGCGCAUCGUCGCGACGAAAGUGGCUCUCUGGGCCACUGUGCUGACGCCGAUGACCAAGUACGCGCUCGAGUUCGCCCCCUUCGCCAUCCAGCUGGAGCAGCGGCUGCCCCUGAGAAUGGGCUGGCGGACCCGCACUCUAAUCCGCGGCGGCGUCGGGUCCGUGUUGCUCCUCCUCGUCCUCGCUCUCGCCCUCGCCGUCCCCUACUUCGAGCACGUCCUCAGCCUCACCGGCUCCCUCGUGAGCGUCGCCAUAAGCGUCGUCUUUCCCUGCGCCUUCUACCUCAGGAUCUGCUGGGCGCGAGUCUCGCGACCCGCCGUCGCGUUCAAUGCCGGGCUCAUAUUGUUCGGGGUCGUGCUCGCGGUGGCGGGCACUGUAUCAUCCUUCGCCGCCUUGCUGCGAAGCAUUCAGAGAGCCCACUUCCAUUGAGACAGGUCUGAUCCUACUUGAAUAAGUCAAGUGAAUCGAUCGAGUUUCAAUGUCGAUUUCUCGAUACGUAAUUGUAGUACAUAUGGGCAAAAGAAUUUCAUAAUAAAAAAAUUCUGAUAUAACCAUUCGGAACGAACAG